ACCAGUCAAAAUUAAUUUGGACUGGAGAAACACGAAAUGCAUUUAAACAGCUCAAACGAGAGUUAAUGAGAGCUCCUGCUCUUGGACUGCCGGAUGUUUCAAAACCAUUUUGGCUGUUUUCUCAUGAAAGACAAGGAAUAGCCUUGGGAGUACUAGCACAAAGACUUGGUCCCUAUAAACGGGCAGUAGCUUAUUUCUCCAAACAACUGGACGAGGUGAGCAGAGGAUGGCCUGGUUGCCUUCGAGCUGUCGCAGCAGUUGUUAUCAAUAUUCAAGAAGCCCGAAAGUUUACCAUGGGACAGAAAAUAACAGUGCUGGUCUCUCAUACAGUUUCAACGGUCUUAGAACAAAAAGGAAGCCAUUGGCUCUCGCCCCAGAGAUUCUUAAAGUACCAAGCAGUAUUGAUAGAACAAGAUGAUGUAGAAAUUGUGGUUACUAACAUUGUCAAUCCAGCCUCUUUUCUUAGUGGGACUCUGAAUGAACCAGUGAUACAUGAUUGCAUAGAAACAGUAGAAGCUAUAUAUUCCAGUCGACCAGACCUCAAAGAAGAACCUCUGGAGGAUGCUGAAAACUCCUGGUAUACCGACGGGAGUAGUUUUAUAAAGCAGGGACAACGUAAAGCAGGAUACGCAAUCACAACCACCCAACAGAUCUUUUCAGGACAACCCCUGGAGGAGAAAUGGGAUGGCCCCUAUCAAGUGUUACUGACGACCUUCACUGCCAUUAAGAUCAAGGAACAGCCGGCUUGGAUUCACUAUUCGAGAGUGAAGAAAGCACCUGAGAAGCCAUGGACGGUCACCUCUACAGGACCCACAGGUCUGCGAUUUUCCAGAUCAUGAUAAUAACUGAGUUAUUACUUGGUCCAAAUGAAGCUCGGUGGAACUCGAACUCACAUUUCUCCUUGACACAAAACGUUUCCCAAAUUCUGAACAGAACUGAUUGUUGGAUAUGUACUCACAUGCCAGAAUAUGGUGGAAAAGGGAUCUCGCUGAUUGGCAUCCCGAUACCAAGUAACCACUCCUGGGCCACUCUUUGGGAAAGUACCACAUGGUAUACUGGCAAUGACGAAGUUCAGAAAUUAGAAAUAACUAGUCCUAAGGCCCAGGAGCCUUAUUGCACGUGUGUACAGAGGUGUAAUCCACCUAAAGGACUCGGAAAACUUGACUGCGUUAAUGGGACGUAUGUAGGGAAUCACACAGUUUGUAAUAAAACUAUAGAUAUUGGAACUUCAACUUCCGUUAAUACUACAGCAUGGCCAGUGCCAGAGGGAAAAGGAUGGUACUGGCUAUGCAAUGACACUGCCCGGAAAGUUUUACCAAAGAAUUGGAUGGGAACAUGUACUCUGGGAGCUGUAGUACCGAAUAUGACUAUACACAGUUCUCCACCAAAAGGAUGGGUGCGAACACACUUUCACAGGUUUAGACGAGAAGUUGAAAAUCCUUUAGUAAGGAGACCUACUGCCUUUCACAGCUUUGUCCGAUGGUUCCUUCCAUGGUUGGGAGUAAGUGAGCUAGAAAAAGCCAUAGUUAAUAUUUCAGCAGUAAUAGAGAAUCUUGAAAAUAAAACAAUUGAUGUAAUAAAAGCCCAACAAUUGGAGAUAUCCAGUUUAUCUCAAAUUGUACAACAAAAUAGAAUGGCAUUAGAUCUAUUAUUGGCCUCUCAGGGUGGAGUAUGCACAGUUAUAAACACGAGUUGUUGCAUGUAUGUGGAUCAAAGUGGAAGGAUAUCCACUGACUUAGAAGAAAUUUGGAAACAGACCAAAAUACUACAUGAAAUAGCAAAGGAUGACACUUCAUGGGGAUUUCAGGAAUUAUGGGAUAAAUUAACCUCAUGGCUACCGAACUUUAAAUGGUUAAAGCAAAUAUUCAUAACAUUUAUAAUUCUCAUAGCCUUAGGGAUAAUAGUAUGCGUAAUGCUUAAGUGUUUCAUGUGGUGUAGCCAGAACACCACCGAGAGCUAUGAGAAUUGGAAGCGGAAUAAAAUUAAACAUCAAGUAGAAACUGGGAAAUAUUUCGCUCGGUCUCUUGAAAAUAACGGAAUUAUAUGAUUGCAAAAGAAUUUGCAAAGGUAUAAAGAAAAGGGGGGAAUGAUGU